AGUUAUAUGUAGAAUACAAACUAAUCAAUCAGCUUCGAUUGAGUGACAUCACAAAUGCAUGCUUUUGUGCAUGGGACCUUCCCGUCGAAUUCAUCGAUCUGUGGCCAGUACAGCACUGAUCGUGCAUAAAACCCCAUCACGUUACCACCGUCUCCGUGCCUUCACUUCCCGCUUCUCAUCUUCAUCAUGAAAGCCGCAGGAGCUAAUAAUCCCUGCUCUGCUUCUUCUUCUUCUUCUUCCUUCUCCUCCUCCUCUCGCUGCUGCUCUUCGUCGUCCACCGGCUUUUCCUCCACCAUCAAGAGAGAAGCUGAGGCAAUUGGUGGCAAGGAGAAGAAGGAGCAAGGCAGCGGCGGCAAGCACUCAUCUUACCGUGGCGUUCGGAUGCGUGCCUGGGGUAAAUGGGUGUCGGAGAUCCGUGAGCCGAAGAAGAACUCGAGGAUCUGGCUCGGAACGUUCCCCACCGCUGAGAUGGCCGCCCGGGCGCACGACGUGGCGGCGCUGGCCAUCAAGGGGCGGUCUGCGUACCUCAACUUCCCCGAACUGGCUUCCCAGCUGCCGCGCCCGGCGUCGUCAACGCCCAAGGACAUCCAAGCGGCGGCGGCGCUGGCAGCCGCCACCGCGGCCGGCGACCACAGCUCGAAGACCGAGACCUUAUCGUCGCAUUCGCCUGCUGCUACGCCGACGCCCAGCGACGACGACGACGGCGCGCUCUUCGACCUGCCUGAUCUCUUGCUCGAUCUGAGAGAAGACUUCUGCUACUUCUCGUCAUGGGAGGCUUCGAUAGCGGAGGAUGGCUUCGAGCUAAAGUUCGAGGAGCCAUUCUCGUGGGAAUAGCUCACUUCUCGAGUUAUACUGAAGACCUAGCCUUCGGUUGUUCCAUUAAGGGUCUCAAUGGACAUCUCAAACACAGCUCAAUAAGAACAAUACAAGCGAGUGUGAUGUAGGCAUCGAAUUCUGAUGUUUGAGAUACGAAAUGGAAUCCACGUAGGUGGAUUUUACUACCCCUGUUUCUUUGCUGCACAUGGAAAGAUUUGCUUCUCUUUGGAUCAAGAACUCGGCAUGGAAAUAAUUGAGUACAUCGCUAUCCAUGAUUUGGUCUCCCUUUCUGUUGAGGAAUCGGUACGCCGGCCCUACAUGAUGAUUACGAUGUCAUUUGGUGGGAUGACAAGGAAGACCUGUGUCUUGCUUUACCUAGUGGCAAAAACACUAUUUUUCUCGUCUCUGACAGUCAUGGAGAUCAUUCUCCAUCUUUAACUCAGUUCUAUCAACCAGCCAUGUAUCUGUUAUAUGCUGACAGUGACGUGUGGUUGGAGGUCGAUGUAAUGUCGGUACAUGCAAGCUGAGUAAAUCUACAUUCACAAUUUUAUUAGCAUUCAGACAAUCGACCAAGUAGCAUCCAAAAAGAAAUGUAGACAGAUAGAGAUAGAUAGAUAUAUCGAGAGAGAAAGAGAGACAGAGAGACAGAGAUGAAUCAUCUACGUUAACGUAU